AAGAAUUAAAUAAGAAAAUGGGCUUGAACAUGCCUGGCACCUAGAAAGUAUUCAGUGGAUAGAAAUCUGUCUUGAUCUACGUUUAUCUUCCCUUUUUUCUAAUUGCUUUUUUGUUCAAUGUAAACUGCUCUCUAGGUCAAUGCCUUGCUGCCCACGGAAACAUUCAUUCCCGUGAUUAGAGGGCUGCUGGGCAACCCCCUGCCGUCUGUCCGCCGGAAAGCGAUGGACCUUCUGAACAACAAGCUGCAGCAGAAAGCGUCCUGGAAGAAGAAAACCGUUUACCACUUCCUCAGACUGGUUCCAGUCCUUCUAGCCAUUGUGCAGCGUAGAAAAAAGGGGGCCGAAGAACAAGCGGUUAACAGACAGACAGCUCUGUACACCCUGAAGCUUCUAUGCAAGAAUUUUGGUGCGGAGAAUCCAGAGCCUUUCAUCCCGGUGCUGAACACGGCGGUGAGACUGGUCGCUCCGGAGAAGAAGGACGAGAAGAACGUGGUGGGCAGUGCCCUGCUGUGCGUAGCAGAGGCGGCCUCCACCCUGGGGCCCCUGGCUGUCCCACAGCUUCCCAGCCUGAUGCCCUCAUUGCUGACAACAAUGAAGAACACCAGCGAGCUGGUCUCCGGCGACGUCUACCUGCUCAGCGCCUUAGCGGCCCUGCAGAAGGUGGUUGAGACUCUCCCCCACUUCCUCAGCCCCUACCUGGAAGGCGUCCUGGCACAGGUGAGCCCCGAGACCACAGGUGCUAUGUGAGGUAGCAGGGGAAAAGGAAAAUCACACACUUAAUCAUUUU